UAUGGACAUUUUUAGCAGCCAAGAGGUGGAUUAUCUAUCUUCCUAUGCCCCCCCGAUAGUGAAGGGUCUGAAUCCACCGGAAAGUGUCUAGACAAAGAUCCACCUCCUCAUACAGAUUUCUUGACCGGACGGCUAAGCGCAUAGAGGAUGAAGGUCGAAGGUUAGACCGGCUAUCGGGGCUUGUUGCGAACCACAUGAACGUUACAUGUUUGCUUGGCCACAAUCAUGAUGUUUCAAGCUACAUGAAAUUACUAACUUCCGAUUUUCCAUCCCGUAGUUCAUUGUGAUGGAAUCAAGGCUAAUAAUCUGCGUAUAGGAAAAUGUUUAUUGGUGGACUAAACUGGGAGACAACUGACCAGUCGCUUCGUGAUUACUUCUCGUCGUUUGGCGAGGUAACGGAAUGUACGGUGAUGAGAGAUGGUGCCACAGGCAGAUCACGUGGAUUUGGAUUUCUCACUUUCAAGGACCCCAAGACGGUGAACAUUGUUAUGGUCAAAGAACACUACUUGGACGGAAAGAUUAUCGACCCAAAAAGGGCUAUUCCCCGUGAUGAGCAGGAAAAGACCAGCAAGAUAUUCGUUGGAGGUGUCAGCCAGGAAACGACCGAACCUGAAUUCAAGGAUUACUUCGCCCAGUUCGGCCGGGUCGUCGACGCGACUCUUAUGAUGGACAAAGACACAGGCCGACCAAGGGGUUUUGGGUUUGUCACCUUUGAAAGUGAAGCCGGCGUUGAUGCUUGCCUUAGCACCCACUUAGAAAUUCACGGAAAACCAAUUGAGGUUAAGAAAGCUCAGCCGCGUGGUAAUAUGCGGGAAGAGGAGGAAGCUACGCGACGAGGCAAGUUCAGAAAAGGCGGCAUGGAUGACCAGGGACCCAGCCAGCCUCAGAUGGCUCCCCAGAUGGGCCAGGGAGGCAUGACCCCUCAAGUUAUGGCCCAGUACAUGCAAAGAAUGCAGCAGUACAUGAGCAUGAUGCAACAGCAGAUGGUCAUGAACCGAGGCAUGGGAAUGAGCCCUGGCAUGAUGCAGAUGAUGCAAAUGCAGCAGCUGCAGCAGUUGCAACAGCAAAUGGCCCAAGGCGGUACUCCGAGUUCCCCAAACAACCCAAUGGCAGCGAUGGCCAACAUGAACCCAGCUCUUGUGCAGCAGAUGCAGCAGCAAAUGCAGAAUCAAAUGAUGAGCAACGGUGGUGCUGGCCAGGGCCAGGGGCAAAGCGAUGCAAGCCAACAGGGCUUCGGCGACUUUAACCAGCAGCCCAUGUUCAACAACCAGCGCGGUGGUGGAGGUCGACGUGGCGGCCGAGGUGGGUAUAAUCAGGCCUACGGCGGCAACGUAGGUGGAGCAGACCCAACUUCUUGGGAGGGCAUGUACGACGAUGUGCCACAGCCCAACUUCAAUCAAGGAGGCCGUGGAGGAUAUCGAGGCCGAGGUGGUGGGCAUCAACAAAGCCCAGGCCCCGUCGACCCAAAUCAUGCGCCUCCAGCUAACGCGCCCACGGGCCCCAAGAACGCGGGCAAGCCAGGUGCCAACUAUCGCGGAGGAGGUCGAGGAGGCAGCCGAGGGUUCCAUCCUUAUGGCCGUUAGAAGCGCUAGAAGGGGUCAGAUGCCCCAACGCUCUUUACUCCUGGGACAGUGACGGCUACUGGGAACGUGAAGAGAGAAUCAAGAAUCGACAGGACAAGCUUUCACGAGCUCAUGAGUGGAUGAUAUGUAACCUCAUGAGGAAAAUAUACUUCCAAAAUGGAAAAAAACAACCAUAAUAACCGCCGUUACGAAACGACGGUCUUCUUUUCACGUCGCCUGCAAACAUUUACCAUUUUGCAAAUGGCAUUACUUGCGCCGGCCAUUUCGCUUGUACUCAAUAAACCAAAAACCCACCUACUCAUUCGCACACGGAACUACUGCUAUCCUACAAUUAACACUUCAAGGCAGACAUCGGCAGAGGGAGAAUUUGCAGUAGUUGGCUUUCCCUCAUAUUUACAGAGGCUGAGAGGAUGAGGGCCUCUUGAGGUGUCGAGGAUCGACACCGUAUUUCGGUGGACACGGCACGGGAUCAUUUGGCUUCGCGAGUUCUCUUUAGCCCAUCGUACACGGACGAGAUGGACGAGAUUAAUUGUAUGUAGAUGGACUCGUAAGGCUCUUGUUCAUAGGAAAAUGCGAUACCUGAUCUGCCCCCAUUAGGUAGUACUAUGUAUUGCACAAAUCAACUCUUUGUAUGAUAUUGAUGCCAAACUACCUACCCAUGUGAGAGUGAUAUC